CAAACCAAAGAACCCCAACCUCUAAAUGCUUCACCCACUUCCCAAAACACACCACCAUCAACUGAUCCCCAACUUCACACUCCCAAAACCCCCACAAAACCCUCUAAACCAACACAGCUUUGAACAAAACUACAGGCACAUUUGCAACCUCCUCCUCUCCCUAACCCAAUCAAGAGCCCUCCCAAAGGGUCUCCAACUCCAUUCCCAUGUCCUCAAAUCAGGCUUCCAAACCAUCCCUCUCAUAUCUCACCACCUCAUCAACUUCUAUUCCAAGAACCAGCUGCCCCUUCAUUCCCGCCAAAUUUUUGAAGAGGCCCCAGAUAAGUCAUCCACCACUUGGAGCUCAGUCAUCUCCUCCUUUGCCCAAAAUGAGCUUCCAGUUCUCGCCAUUGAGUACUUUCGUCGAAUGCUUGGCACGCCAUUACGCCCUGAUGACCAUAUAUACCCGAGCGUGACCAAGUCCUGCGCGAUUUUGAAUAGGCGGGAUGUUGGGCAGUCUGUACAUGGCUUUGCGGUGAAGACUGGGUUUGAGUUUGAUGUGUUUGUGGGGAGUUCAGUGGUUGAUAUGUAUGCUAAAUGUGGGGAGAUAAGAGAUGCUCGGAAGAUGUUUGAUGAUAUUCCUCACAAGAAUGUGGUUUCUUGGAGUGGGAUGAUAUAUGGGUAUGCUCAAGUGGGCGAGGAUGAGGAGGCUUUGAGACUGUUUAAACAGGCCUUGGUUCAAAAUUUGGACGUCAAUGAUUUCACAUUUUCGAGUGUUAUACGGGUUUGUGGCAACUCCACGCUUCUUGAAUUGGGGAAGCAAAUACAUGGCUUGUGCUUCAAAACAAAUUUUAAUUUGUCGAGUUUUGUAGGUAGUUCUUUGGUUUCCUUGUAUUCUAAGUGUGGAGUGAUUGAAGGAGCUUACCGAGUUUUUGAUGAGAUACCUGUUAAGAAUCUUGGAAUGUGGAAUGCAAUGCUUAUCGCAUGCGCGCAGCAUGUGCACACAGAUAAGGCUCUUGAUCUGUUUAAACAGAUGGGAAGUGCUGGGAUGAAGCCAAAUUUCAUUACGUUUUUGUGUGUGCUAUAUGCUUGUAGCCAUGCUGGGCUUGUUGAAAAGGGGCAAUAUUAUUUUGCUCUUAUGAAAGAGUAUGGGAUUGAGCCAGGGGAACAGCAUUAUGCUUCCCUGGUAGAUUUGCUUGGCCGUGCUGGAAAAUUGGAGGAGGCAGUUAAAAUUAUUGAGGAAAUGCCUAUAGAACCAACAGAAUCUAUAUGGGGAGCUUUAUUAACGGGUUGUCGAAUCCAUGGUGACACUGAAUUGGCAGCCUCUGUGGCUGACAGAGUCUUUGAGUUGGGUCCUGUGAGCCCUGGCCUGCAUGUGCUUAUGUCUAAUGCUUAUGCUGCUGCUGGAAGAUUUGAGGAAGCAGCAAAAGCCAGGAAGAUGCUCAGAGACCGAGGCAUGAAAAAGGAAACUGGUUUGAGCUGGGUUGAGGAGGGAAAUAAGAUUCACACAUUCGCGGCCGGGGACAGGAGGCACAUGAGAACUAAAGAGAUUUAUCUGAAGUUGGAGGAGUUAGGGGAGGAAAUGGAGAAAGCUGGUUAUGUUGCAGACACAAGUUUUGUGCUAAGAGAAGUAAAUCGAGAAGAGAAAGAUCAGACUAUUAGGUAUCACAGUGAAAGACUAGCCGUAGCAUUCGGUCUAAUUACUUUUCCACCUGAGAGGCCAAUUAGGAUUAUGAAGAACUUGCGUAUUUGCGGCGAUUGUCAUACCGCUAUCAAGUUUAUGUCCAAGUGCUCAGGAAGAGUUAUCAUAGUGAGGGAUAACAAUAGGUUUCAUAGGUUUGAGAAUGGAAAAUGUACGUGUGGAGAUUAUUGGUAAUUAAGAUGUAACAAAUUCAUAAACCAUUAACCAAAAUUCUUAAAGCUCCCCUUCAAGCUCUGGCUGCUGGUUGAUCAUAAAAGUGUGCAUCAGCAGACCUCCAGUUGAUCUUUCCGUUGAUUGUUAGGGACUGGAGCCUAUCUCUUUCAUUGGAUACAGCAAGUUAGUGAGCCAUUUUUUUCCUGUACCAUUUUUUUUUUCUCCUUUUCAGUCCUGAGCACUUGUACAUCCAUAUAUUCAAUUUACAGAUCAUCUAUCACA